AUGCCAGUGUUUGGUUUGAAAUUGUUUAUUCUGGCGGUGAGUGUUGUUGGCCUAACAUCGGCGGGUAAUCCGGCGGAGAAGGAAACACCCACAGUUCCCACCGCACACGGGUACGGACCUGCUAUCCACAUCAGCUCUGGAGUUCUCCAGCUAGCCCCGGAUACGGAGCCAACACCGCUGCUCUUGCUUUCGAAUCCCUACUCUACCGCCUCGGUUCUGGGAGGGAAUCCUUGGCCGCACUUUUACGUGGACACCCAUGGCGGCUCCCAUUUGCCGGUGGCUACUUCGGGAGUGGCUAUCCAGGAGCCCCGUAUCCUGAUCAGCGAUAAUGUGGACUUUUCCCAGCUGAAGAUCAGCCAGCACGAUUAUCCACUGAAGUCUCAUGGACGUUGA